CGGCAAAUCUUUCAUCGAAGAAGAAAAAGCGAAAGUUAGCGAUAGCAGCCGAGAGGACCAAACGCGCUCUGUCGUGUUUGUUUUUAAUAGCCGGGAAAGACGUCAUCGACAUGUCGUUUAUCAAACAGUUUGUAAGGGAGCGGCUCAUGGCGGCUGCCGAUGAAAUAUUCGAGAUGUUUGAGACAACGAUCACGUCGUACGAGGAGGAACUUGCUCGAACGAGAGAGCAGAAGCUACAACGACAACAACUGGACGCUGUUAGCGAGAUUCCAAACGGGAUCGAAGAUAAAGUGUUUUAGUGAGUUUAACAGUACCUGCCUCCUGAGGUGUGUCUCCACGGGUGUCUUGAAGCCAAUGUCUCAGGGGAGUCGACGGCAGCUAUGGACGGCACAAGCUCAGCUUUUCUCCGACGUCCAGCUGCUGAUUGGUCGUCAGGGCGAGUGUCCCCCUCAGCCGGAGGGGGGGUGCUCCACUUUGGAGCAAGAGGACCCAGCUCUAAUCCCCCACAUUAAAGAGGAAGAGGAGGAACUCUGGGUCACUCAGGAGGGAGAGUGUAUUCUCGGCCCAGAGGAGACUGAUCUCACCAAGCUGCCACUGACUGUUGUGUCUGUGAAGAUUGAAGACGAAGAAGAUGAACCGCAAGCAAACAACCUCUUCGCUCCACUAUCAGAUGGCGAAGCUGACAACAGGGACAACGAGCAUCUAAGCAGCGAUACAGACUGUGACGGUGAUGUGAGGGUUCACUAUGACAUGGAAGACUCAGAAUGCUCAAAAACUCCCGCGCAACCUUUUAAGGGAGAAAAACCUUUUUGUUGUUCUGUUUGCGGUAAAAGGUUUUCUUUUAAGGUAAAUAUGGUUACUCACAUACGGACACACACCGGAGAAAAACCUUUUAGCUGUUCAAUUUGUGGUAAGCAGUUCUCUCAAAAGGUAACUCUAGUGUCUCACAUGAGGACGCACACAGGAGAAAUGCCUUUUAUUUGCACGGUUUGCGGUGAAAGCUUUUCUUAUAAGCGCAAUUUGAGUCGACACAUGCGCGCGCACACGGGGGAAAAGCCUUUUAGUUGUUCAGUGUGCGGCAAAAGAUUCUCUCAAAAGGUGACAAUGGUUUUACACCUGAGGACGCACACAGGUGAAAAACCGUUCAGUUGCUCGGUUUGUGGCGAGAGCUUUUCUUGCAAGAGCAAUUUGAGUGGACACAUGCAAACGCACACUGGAGAAAAACCCUUCAGGUGUUCCGUUUGUGACAAAAGAUUUUCUCGGAAAACAAGCAUGGUCUUGCAUAUGAGAACGCACACAGGGGAAAAACCUUUUCAAUGUUCCGUGUGUGAUAAGAGAUUCCCUCAAAAGAUAACCAUGGUAACGCACAUGAGAACACACACAGGCGAAAAACCUUUUAGUUGUUCAGUCUGUGAUGAGAGCUUUUCACAUAAGUACAGUUUGAAUCUGCACACGCAGAAACAUACUGCAGAAGAAGAACCCUUCGGUUCCUUGGAUUGUGGGGAACAAAUGUCUCCAAGGUCAACAGUGCCUUUACACAGAAUACAGCAACCAGUCGAAAAACCUUUCACUUGCUCAGUUUGCGAUGAAAACUUUUCUCACGAAAGCGCUUUGACUCGACACAUGCGGACGCACAAUGGGGAAAAACCCUUCGGCUGUUCUGAUUGCGGUUUGACAUUCUUUCGAAAGUCCAGCAUGGUUCUACACAUGCGGACGCACACAGGGGAAAAGCCUUUCAGCUGUUCAGUUUGUGGCGCGAGUUUUGCGCAAAGGUCCACUUUAAAUGCGCACAUGAGAAGGCACACGGGGGAAAAACCUUUCAGUUGUUCGGUGUGCGGCGAUAAAUUUGCUCAGCGGUCCACUUUGAACACACACAUGAAAAGACACACAGGUAAAAAUCCUUUCAGUUGUUCAGUUUGUGGUGAGACCUUUUCUCGCAAAUCCUUUAUGACAGCUCACAUGCAGACCCAUGAAGCUGAAUGAGGACCAUUCCACCGAUUCACUAGCAUUCGCCUGUUGUAAAUCUCUCAAUAGAAACUUUAGUUUUUUACCCAGCUCUGAAUCUGAUCAUAAUCAAUAUGUGUAUGGGUCCAAUGCGAGCACAUUUAUUUCAUUUGUGCACAAGUUCCUAAGCCUAAGUUGACUCUUCUGAGAAACAGCACUGAAAGUAACAAGAGUUUUUAGUAUAGAAAAAGCAGGGGCUCAAAAUACAUUGUAUAGGUUUGUGUGUGUGUGUGUGUGUGUGUGUGUGUAUAUAUAUAUAUAUGUUUGUAUAUAUAUAUAUAUGUGUAUAUAUGUAUGUGUGUAUAUAUAUGUAUCUAUAUAUAUAUGUGUAUAUAUGUAUGUGUGUGUAUAUGUGUGUGUGUGUAUAUAUAUAUAUAUAUAUAUGUAUGUACUGUAUGUAUAUAUAUAUGUGUGUGAAUAUGAAUAUAUAUAUAUAUAUAUAUAUAUAUAUAUAUAUAUAUAUAUAUUAGACUUAGACUUCCUUUUUAUUGUCAUUCAAAAUUGAACUUUACAGUACAAAUAAGAACAAAAUUGUAUUGCAUUAGCUCUUGGUAGUGCAGGAUAAAUAAACAAAAAAGGCAAUAAGGUGCAGAUAUAAAUAAAUAGAUUACUGUACAGAUAAAUACAUUGCACUUUUUCAAUUGCGUCCAUGUUUAUGGAUGUAUGUUAUAUUGUCUUUUUUAUUCCAGCGAAUUAAUCCAUUUUGGGGGGAGUUGAGGGGAUAAUUUAAUUAUGAUGCGUUCAAGAGUCUUAUGGCCUGAGGGAAGAAGCUGUUACAGAACCUGGAGGUUCUGCUACGGAGGCUGCGGAAUCUCUUCCUAGAGUCCAGCAGUGAAAACAGUCCUUGGUGGGGGUGGGAGGAGUCUUUGCAGAUUUUCUGAGCCCUGGCCAGGCAGCGACGUUUUGCGAUCUCCUGGAUAGGAAGAAGAAGAGUCCUGAUAAUCUCGCCAGAAAGAUGUCCAGGCAUCGAGUAAUUGUCUCUGGCCCCCUGCCUGGGAGAGGCAAUGAUGAGAGAUAUAGCAGAUUAGUCUCUCUUAACAGGUGGCUGGAUAGCUUCUGCAGACAACAGGGAUUUACGUUUAUUGAUAAUUGGCCCUCUUUCUGGGGCAAACCUGGCUUGCUGAGGAGAGACGGCCUUCACCCUAACCAGGAAGGCGCUAUCCUCUUGUCUCGGAACAUAGACUUCGCAUUGAACCACAUUUGACUAACUGCACUAGAGCAAGCCCGGUCACAGGCAAUUACAGAGCCUGCUAGCCUGGGUAUGGAGUCAGUUAAGUUAGAACUAGCCAGCGCCAGGCUGGAUGAUCCCUGUACACAUAGCAAUUUUCGUAGAAUAAUACACAACUCACAAAAUGUUUUUUCUACUGUGUCUAUGACUACGUCAGAGUUAGACAUGCGUUCUACUGAGGUGGCAAAUUAUGAUGCGUUCAGUUUAUCGCAGCGCCAAGUAGACAAUCUGAAAAUUCCCGUCAUAUCAAUUCCUAGAUAUGGUCGUAAUUAUUUUAAGUACACUGCGCAUAAUAAACGCAACAUUAUUAAUAUUGCUACUACGGAUAAUUUUAUCAACAACUCCUUAAAACAGCCCACUACCUAUAAUAUGGGCUUUUAAACAUCAGAUCUUUGUCUCCCAAAACGUUAUUAGUCAAUGAGGUCAUUAGAGACAACAACCUUAACGUCAUUGGUCUUAGCGAAACCUGGCUUAAACCAGACGACUUUUUUGCGAUAAAUGAGGCAUCCCCUCCUAACUAUACGAAUGCGCAUAUUGCCCGUCACCUCAAAAGGGGAGGGGUGUCGCACUAAUAUACAACGAAAACUUUAACUUUAGUCCUAACUUAAAUAAUAAAUAUAAAUCGUUUGAGGUGCUUUCUAUGAGGUCUGCCACACCUCUGCCUCUGUGCCUGGCCGUUAUCUACCGCCCCCCAGGGCCCUAUUCGGACUUUAUUAGUGAAUUCUCAGAGUUUGUUGCUGAUCUAGUGACGCACGCCGAUAAUAUAAUUAUAAUGGGGGACUUUAAUAUCCAUAUGAAUACCCCAUUGGACCCACCGUGCGUGGCGCUCCAGACUAUAAUUGAUAGCUGUGGUCUUACACAAAUAAUAAAUGAACCGACGCAUCGCAGCGGUAAUACGAUAGACCUAGUGCUUGUCAGAGGUAUCACCGUCUCCAAAGUUAUGAUACUCCCGUAUACUAAAGUAAUGUCCGAUCAUUACCUUAUAAAAUUCGAAGUUCAGACUCAUGAUCGGCAAGCUAAUAAUAAUAAUAACUGCUAUAGCAGCCGCAACAUUAAUGCUGCCACAACGACGACUCUUGCGGACCUACUGCCCUCGGUAAUGGCACCGUUCCCAAAGUAUGUGGGCUCUAUUGAUAACCUCACUAACAACUUUAACAACGCCCUGCGCAAAACCAUUGAUAGUAUAGCACCGCUGAAGUUAAAAAAGGCUCCAAAAAGGCGUACGCCAUGGUUUACUGAAGAAACUAGAGCUCAGAAAUUAUGUAGAAAGCUGGAACGCAAAUGGCGCACGACUAAACUUGAGGUGCACCAUCAAGCAUGGAGUGAUAGUUUAAUAACUUAUAAACGCAUGCUUACCUUAGCUAAAACUAAUUAUUACUCAAAUCUCAUCCGCAUUAAUAAAAACGAUCCAAAAUUUUUGUUUAGUACAGUAGCAUCGCUAACCCAACAAGGGACUCCCCAGUAGCUCCACCCAUUCGGCAGAUGACUUUAUGAAGUUCUUUAAUAAGAAAAUUGAACUUAUUAGAAAGGAGAUUAAAGACAAUACGUCCCAGCUACAACGGGGUUAUAGUAACACAGAUACGAUUGUAUAUACGGCGGAUACUGCAAAUAUCCAAAAUAGUUUCUCUCGUUUUGAUGAAAUAACAUUAGAAGGAUUGUUACAACGUGUAAAUGGAAUAAAACAAACAACAUGUUUACUUGACCCACUUCCUGGGAAACUUAUCAAGGAGCUUUUUGUAUUAUUAGGUCCAUCAGUGCUAAAUAUUAUAAACUUAUCACUUUCCUCGGGCACUGUUCCCGUUGCAUUCAAAAAAGCGGUUAUUCAUCCUCUCCUUAAAAGACCUAACCUCGAUCCUGACCUCAUGGUAAACUACCGACCGGUGUCUCACCUUCCCUUUAUUUCGAAAAUCCUCGAAAAAAUUGUUGCAGAGCAGCUAAAUGAGCACUUAGCGUUUAACAAUCUAUGUGAAAUCUUUCAAUCCGGUUUCAGGGCAAAUCACUCGACUGAGACAGCCCUCGCAAAAUUGACUAAUGAUCUAUUGCUAACGAUGGAUUCUGAUGCGUCAUCUAUGUUGCUGCUCCUCGAUCUUAGCGCUGCUUUCGAUACCGUCGAUCAUAAUAUUUUAUUAGAGCGUAUCAAAAUACGAAUUGGUAUGUCAGACUCAGCCCUGUCAUGGUUUAACUCUUAUCUUACUGAUAGGAUGCAGUGCGUCUCCUAUAACAGUGUGACCUCGGACUAUGUUAAGGUAACAUGUGGAGUUCCCCAGGGUUCGGUCCUUGGCCCUGUACUCUUCAGCAUCUACAUGCUGCCGCUGGGUGACGUCAUACGCAAAUACGGUAUUAGCUUUCACUGUUAUGCUGAUGACACCCAACUUUACAUGCCCCUAAAGCUGACCAACACGCCGGACUGUAGUCAGUUGGAAGCGUGUCUUAAUGAAAUUAAACAAUGGAUGUCCGCUAACUUUUUGCAACUUAAUGCCAAAAAAACGGAAAUGCUGAUUAUCGGUCCUGCUAGACACCGACCUCUAUUUAAUAAUACAACUUUAACAUUUGACUACCAAAUAAUAAAACAAGGUGACUCUGUAAAAAAUGUGGGUAUUAUCUUCGACCCAACUCUCUCCUUUGAGUCACACAUUAAAAGCGUUACUAAAACGGCCUUCUUUCAUCUCCGUAAUAUCGCAAAAAUUCGCUCCAUUUUGUCCACUAAAGACGCCGAGAUCAUUAUCCAUGCGUUUGUUACGUCUCGUCUCGAUUACUGUAACGUAUUAUUUUCGGGUCUCCCCAUGUCUAGCAUUAAAAGAUUACAGUUGGUACAAAAUGCGGCUGCUAGACUUUUGACAAGAACAAGAAAGUUUGAUCAUAUUACGCCUGUACUGGCUCACCUGCACUGGCUUCCUGUGCACUUAAGAUGUGACUUUAAGGUUUUACUACUUACGUAUAAAAUACUACACGGUCUAGCUCCAGCCUAUCUUGCCGAUUGUAUUGUACCGUAUGUCCCGGCAAGAAAUCUGCGUUCAAAAGACUCCGGCUUAUUAGUGAUUCCUAGAGCUCAAAAAAAGUCUGCGGGCUAUAGAGCGUUUUCCGUUCGGGCUCCAGUACUCUGGAAUGCCCUCCCGGUAACAGUUCGAGAUGCUACCUCAGUAGAAGCAUUUAAGUCUCAUCUUAAAACUCAUCUGUAUACUCUAGCCUUUAAAUAGACCUCCUUUUUAGACCAGUUGAUCUGCCGCUUCUUUUCUUUCUCCUAUGUCCCCCCUCCCUUGUGGAGGGGGUCCGGUCCGAUGACCAUGGAUGAAGUACUGACUGUCCAGAGUCGAGACCCAGGAUGGACCGCUCGUCGGGACCCAGGAUGGACCGCUCGCCUGUAUCGGUUGGGGACAUCUCUACGCUGCUGAUCCGCUUGAGAUGGUUUCCUGUGGACGGGACUCUCGCUGCUGUCUUGGAGCCACUAUGGAUUGAACUUUCACAGUAUCAUGUUAGACCCGCUCGACAUCCAUUGCUUCCGGUCCCCUAGAGGGGGGGGGUUGCCCACAUCUGAGGUCCUCUCCAAGGUUUCUCAUAGUCAUCAUUGUCACUGGCGUCCUACUGGAUGUGAAUUCUCCCUGCCCACUGGGUGUGAGUUUUCCUUGCCCUUUUGUGGGUUCUUCCGAGGAUGUUGUAGUCGUAAUGAUUUGUGCAGUCCUUUGAGACAUUUGUGAUUUGGGGCUAUAUAAAUAAACAUUGAUUGAUUGAUUGAUUGAUAAUCUUUUCCGCCAUCCUCACCACUCUCUGGAGAGAUUUCCAGUCUGAGGCAUUGCAGGAUCCAGUCCAGACAGAGAUGCUGUUGGUCAGCAGGCUCUCUAUAGUGCCUCUGUAGAAUGUGGUGAGAAUGGGGGUAGGGAGCUGUGCUCUUUUCAUCCGACGCAAAAAGUGCAUGCGCUGCUGAUCUCUUUUUACAAGAGCUCCGGUGUGUAAGGACAGGGUCAUAUUGUCAGUUAUCUGCACCCCAGGAACAUGGUGCUGCUUACCAUCUCCACCGCUGUGCCAUUGAUGAAGAGUGGAGUGUGGCUGGACUGGUGCUUCCUGAAGUCAACAAUGAUCUCCUUGGUCUUGUCGACGUUCAGGACCAGGUUGUUGGUUCUGCAACAGUCAACCAGAUGUUUCACCUCCUCCCUGUAGUCCAUGUCGUUAGUAUCACGGAGGAGGCCCACUACUGUCGUGUUGUCCGCAUACUUCACAAUGUGGUUAGUAGUGGACCUGGUGCAGCAGUCAUGGGUCAUCAAUGUGAACAGCAGCGGACUCAGGACGCAGCCCUAGGGGGAGCCGGUGCUCAGGGAGAUGGCACUGGAGGUGUUGUUGCCUGGAGGUGUUGUGAGGAAGUCAAGCAGCCAGUUGCAUAGGGGGGUACUGAAUCCAAGGGACGCCAGUUUGCUCACCAAAUGCUGCGGGAUGAUGGUGUUGAAUGCUGAGCUGAAGUCCAGAAACAACAUCCGCACGUGUGUGUACUUUUCUUCCAGAUGUCCUAAGCUCAGGUGGAGUGCAGAGGAGAUGGCGUCCUCUGUGGAGCGGUUUGGGCGAUAAGCGAACUGGUAUGGGUCGAAUGUGGGGGGAAGUCUGGAGACAAUGUAUUCCUUUACCAGCUUCUCAAAGCUCUUCAUUAUGAUCGGGGUGAGUCAAACGGGGCGAUAAUCAUUGAGGGAGGAGAUUGUGGGUUUUUUUGGCACAGUAAUGAUUGUGGCCGUCCUAAAACAUGACAUUACUACAGCCUGGGUCAGCGAGAUGUAUAUAUGUAUAUAUAUAUAUGUAUAUGUAUGUAUGUGUGUGUAUGUAUAUAUAUAUAUAUAUAUAUAUAUAUAUAUAUAUAUAUAUAUAUAUAUAUAUAUAUAUAUAUAUAUAUGUGUGUGUAUAUAUACAUAUAUAUAUAUAUAUAUAUAUAUGUGUGUGUAUAUGUAAAUAUACACUCACACAUAUAUCCAUCCAUCCAUUUCCUACCGCUUUUCCUUUGGGGUUGCGGGGGGCGCUGAUGCCUAUCUCAACUACAAUCGGGCGGGAGGCGGGAUACACCCUGGACAAGUCGCCCCCUCAUCGCAAGGCCAACACAGAUAGACAACAUUCACACAUUUACACACUAGGGCCAACUUAGUGUUGCCAAUCAACCUAUCACCAGGUGCAUGUCUUUGGAAGUGGGAGGAAGCCGGAGUACCUGGAGGGAACCCACGCAUUCAUGGGGAGAACAUGCAAACCCCACACAGAAAGAUCCCGAGCCCGGGAUUGAACCCCAGACUACUCAGGACCUUCGUAUUGUGAGGCAGACGCACUAACCCCUCUGCCACCGUGAAGCCCAUAUAUAUAUAUUUAUAUAUAUAUAUACAGCAAUGAGGUGGCGACUUGUCCAGGGUGUACUUCGCCUUCCGUCCGAUGGUAGCUGAGAUAGGCACCAGCGCCCCCUGUGACCCCAAAGGGAAUAAGCCGUAGAAAAAAAAAUAUAUGUAAGUAUAUACAUCCAUAUAUUUAUAUAUAUACACUAUAUUGCCAAAAUUAUUUGGCCACCCAUCCUAAUGAUGAGAAUCAGGUGUCCUAAUCACUUGGCCCGGCCACAGGUGUAUAAAAUCAAGCACCUAGGCAUGGAGACUGUUUCUACAAACAUUUGUGAAAGAAUGGGCUGCUCUCAGUGAUUUCCAGCAUGGAACUGUCAUAGGAUGCCACCUGUGCAAUUAACAAAUCCAGUCGUGAAAUUUCCUCGCUCCCAAAUAUUCCAAAGUCAACUGUCGGCUUUAUUAUAAGAUGAUGGAAGAGUUUGGGAACAACAGCAACUCAGCCACGUAGUGGUAGGCCAUGUGAACUGACAGAGAGGGGUUAGCGGAUGCUGAAGCGCAUAGUGCAAAGACUUUCUGCUCAGUCAGUUGCUACAGAGCUCCAAACCUCAUGUGACCUUCCAAUUAGCCCACGUAUAGUACGCAGAGAGCUUCAUGGAAUAAGUGUCAAUGGCCAGGCAGCAGCAUCCAAGCCAUACAUCACCAAGUCCAAUGCAAAGCGCGGGAUGCAGUGGUGUAAAGCACGUCGCCACUGGACUCUAGAGCAGUGGAGACACCUUCUCUGGACUGAUGAAUCACGCUUUUCCAUCUGGCAAUCUGAUGGAGCAGUCUGGGUUUGGAGGUUGCCAAGAGAACAGUACAAUUUGGACUGCCCUGUGCUGAGUGUGAAAUUUGGUGGAGGGGGAAUUAUGGUGUGGGGUUGUUUUUCAGGAGUUGGGCUUGGCCCCUUAGUUCCAGCGAAAGGAACUUUGAAUGCUCCAGGAUACCAAAACAUUUUGGACAAUUCCAUGCUCACAACCUUGUGGGAAAAGUUUGGAGCAUCCUCUUCCAACAUGACAGUGCACAAAGCAAGGUACAUAAAGACAUGGAUGACAAAGUCUGGUGUGGAUGAACUUGACUGUCCUGCACAGAGUCCUGACCUGAACUCUGUAGAACACCUUUGGGAUGAAUUAGAACGGAGACUGAGAGCCAGGCCUUCUCGACCAACAUCAGUGUGUGACCUCACCAAUGCGCUUUUGGAAAAAUGGUGGAAAAUUCAUAUAAACACACUCGGCAAAGCUGCAAAAGGUGGACCGACAUCAUGUUGAACCAUAUGGGUUAGGAAUGGGAUGACACUUCAAGUUCAUAUGCGAGUCAAGGCAGGAGGCCCAAUACUUUUGGAAAUAUAGUGUAUGGAGCAUGUUGGAAUUACAGUGAUUCCACAAAAAUUUGUUAUAAAUAAACACAAUUAAAAAUAAUGAUUUAGGUAACAGUAUUAUUUUCAAAAGCAUAAUUCUAUCAAGGUGCAGGACACUUUGCCUCAUAAAUUUCAUGUCUUAAAAUGUUAUUUUAUUUGCGAUGGAAUGGCCCAUCAACCUUUCCCCUGUCCAUUAAAGUGUGUUGUAAUCUUCUUGCUACAAUGUGAAAGUAUCCUGAAUGUUCCCAUUGCAGGAAGGUUGACGGCGUAUACUAUUAAGAAAUAAUUUAAAUGGAAUUGAGAAAAAAAAAUAGCCAAUAUAUUUGCAACAUUUUAGUCAUUUGUAAUCACAUUUUUAUGGGCCAUCCAUGCGAAGAAUGCUGCCACCUUCUGUCAAAUCAGUGUAAAAAUCACCGAUAUUUACGAAACACUCCCUCUUUUGUGACAUCCAGUUGAAAUUGUUGACUAGAUAUUAAAAAUUGAUAAUACAA